CAGAGGCGGCAGCCAGAUCCGCCGCGUUGCUUCCGGAUCCGCGCCCUCCCCACCACCGGUUCAUCUCCAAUCCCGCCACCGACACCCACCCCCACCCCCACAGGCGACCUCCCCUAACCCCAUCACCACCGGCGACCUCCCUCCCUUGCUCCUCAACCCAACCCAAUCCCGAUUUGAUUCAGUUCAGAGACGAAUCCCCUCCUACAUCGCCGCUGCGGCCACACACUGCCAAUCCCCUCACUCCACCACGCCUUCUUCUUGUCCUGAUUCCCGGACGGGCGUCGACACGGCCAGCGUCAAGAUGUCCAUGAACCCCUUCUGCGAGAUUGCCGUGGAGGAGGCGCUGCGGCUCCGCAAGGCCGGCGCCGCCUCCGAGGUCGUCGCCGCCACCGUCGGUCCCGCGCAGGCCGCCGACACGCUCCGCACCGCACUCGCCAUGGGCGUCGACCGCGCCGUCCACGUCCUCCACGACCCCGACCCCGACCCCGCCCGCCCGCUCCUCCCACUUGCCGUCGCCAAGAUCAUCCGCGCCCUCACGCUCCAGGAGACCCCCGGCCUGCUCAUCCUCGACAAGCAGAGUGCUCCCUCCAGGUGAAGUCGCCCACCGCAGUGCCAAGGGAUUCGUCUCCGAGGACGAGUUCCUCUCCAUCCCGGAGUUCUCCACCAACCGCUCUCCAAGAGGUUGCUACGUAUGGUUGAUGGAUUGAACUUCAAGGAAUUUGUUUCUUUUCUCUCUACCUUCAGCGCAAGGGCCAGCCUUCAGCAAAAGAUUGAGUUGAUAUUUAAGGUGUAUGACAUUGAUGGCAAGGGGAAAGUAUCCUUCAAGGACCUGGUAGAGAUUUUACGAGACCUAACAGGCUCAUCCAUGUUAGAGAAACAAAGAGAGGUCAGGCUCACGUUUCGUGGCUGAAAGGAAAACGAGCCUAUGCUUGCACCAACAUUAUUAGAAUGAGGAGCUCCAAGCCUAUUUUUUUGGAGUGUGAAGCCGUGAAGCCAAGUGUGAAGCGGUACUUAGCAAAGAGUUUUUGGUUCUGUACUUAGCAAAGAGUUUUUUGUUCUGAAGUGUGAAGCCAAGUGUAAAUUGUAAUAUUGUAAAAGUCUAAUGUAGUGUUAAUUAAUUAUAUCUGUUCUGUCCUAUUUGAAAUAAUGAUUAUGUAUGUUGAAAAGAUGUGAAAUGGAAACUUGACCAGUGGGACCCAGUUAUGAAUAUAAUCUGAGAAAUUUUGAAAUUUA